AUGGACGCAAAUCAGCUCUUGACAAAUACGCUCUCGCCGGAUCAGGCUAUUCGUACUGAUGCCGAACAGAAGCUCGAGGCCGCCGCUCGCGACAGCUAUCCCGUCUACAUGAGCACGCUCGCUGCCGAGCUGGCCAACGAAUCGUCUCCCUCGCAUAUCCGAACUGCCGCUGGCCUUGCGGUCAAGAAUGCACUCACCGCGCGUGAUCAAUCGCGCGUCGAAGAAUACACCGCCAGAUGGACUCUCUUACCCCAAGGCAGCCGCGAUGAUAUCAAGCAAAAAGUUCUUAGCACCUUGGGCAGCCAAGAGCAUCGUGCAGGUACCGCCGCAGCUCAGGUGGUUGCAGCGAUCGCCGCCAUCGAACUGCCUGUAGGCCUGUGGAACGAGCUCAUCUCACAACUCUUGAGCGCCAUGGGUGAUGCCAACAACAUGCGUUUGCGACAGGCCGCUCUUCAGGCUAUCGGUUUCACAUGCGAAGGCAUCAGCUCCGACGUCUUGGCAGCACAGUCCAAUGAGAUCCUCACUGCCGUCAUCCAGGGCGCACGUAAGGAAGAGCCAGCGCCCGAGGUUCAGCUUGCUGCGCUUCAGGCGCUUUUCAACUCGCUCGAGUUUGUCCGUGCCAACUUCGAGCGUGAGGGCGAGCGUAACUACAUCAUGCAGGUCGUCUGCGAAGCUACACAGAGCCCCAACAUGCCGGUCAAGGUGGCUGCCUACGAGUGUCUGGUCAGAAUCAUGCAGCUUUACUACGACAAGAUGCGCUUCUACAUGGAACAGGCUCUCUUCGGUCUCACUGUCCUCGGUAUGCGCGACUCGGAACCCAAGGUGGCGCUGCAAGCCGUCGAAUUCUGGUCUACUGUCUGUGACGAAGAGAUCGAGCUGGCGCUCGAAGCCGAAGAGGCUGCCGAAUUUGGCGAGGAGCCCGAACGUGUCUGCUACAACUUUGCUCGCAUCGCAUUGCCCGAUAUCGUACCUGUGCUGCUCGAGCUGCUCAAGACCCAGGACGAGGAUGCGGACGAGGACGAAUGGGACGUUUCAAAAGCUGCUGGUACCUGCGUCGGUCUUCUUGCUCAGGUCGUUGGGGACGACAUCGUGCGCCUUGCUGUGCCCUUUGUCGAAGGCAACAUCAAGAAUCCCGAUUGGCAUGCGCGUGAAGCCGCCGUCAUGUGCUUUGGCUCCAUCAUGGAAGGUCCCGACCGCAAGACGCUUGCUCCUCUGGUAGAAUCAGCGCUUCCGAUCAUCAUCGAGAUGCUCCGCGACCAGAGCAUCGCUGUCAAGGACACGGCUGCUUGGACCCUCGGGCGCAUCUCGGACCUCUGCUGCGAUUCGAUUAAGACCGACGUGCAUCUUCCGGCGCUCGUUCAGGCACUCGUGCUUGGACUGCAAGAUGAGCCCCGCAUCGUCACCAACUGCUGCUGGGCUAUCAUGAACCUUUCCGAGCAGCUUGGUACCAAUGCUGCGGCGUACGAUAACGCAGGCGAACCUACGGAUGCCAGCGCUGUACCGACCACGCCCCUGUCGCCCUUCUUCGAGGGCAUCGUCUCCAGCCUUCUGCAGGCCACCGGACGCAGCUCCAACGAAUCCAACAGCCGCACGUCCGCUUACGAAGCCUUGGCCAGCUCCAUCACCCACUGCGCUGCCGACUGUAUUCAACAGGCUAGCGGCGUCUUGGUGCAGAUCCUUGACCGACAGCAGCAGCUCAAUGAGGUAGCCGGUCAGCUCGUCGGUGUGGACGAUCGCAACAACUGGGCUGAGCUUCAGGGCAACCUGUGCAGCGUCUUGAUGGCCUGUGUGCGCCGUCUCGGUCGCGAGACGCUUCCAUUGGGCGAUCGCAUCAUGACCAAUCUCCUGACGCUCAUCCAGAACGGCAGCAAGCAGCCAACCGUGCUUGAAGACGCUUUCUUCACCGUCGGUGCCGUUAUUGCCGCUUUCGAAGCCGACUUUGAAAAGUAUCUCGGCGCCUUCCUGCCCUUCAUGGUCGAAGGCCUGCGCAACCACGAAGAGUACCAGCUGUGCUCGAUCAGCGUCGGUCUCAUCGGCGAUAUCUGUCGUGCUCUGGGCGAAAACUCGGCAAAGUACUGCGACGACUUUAUGAACGCGCUCUUUGCUAACCUCCAGUCGCCUCAGCUUAACCGCAGCGUCAAGCCGCCCAUUCUCUCGUGCUUCGGUGACAUUGCUAUGGCGAUCGGCGCCGCAUUCGAAAAGUAUUUGCAGAUGGGCAUGUCGGUGCUGCAGCAGGCUUCGCUCAUCCAGACCGUGGACCCUAACGACUACGACAUGAUUGACUACAUCAACUCGCUGCGCGAAGGUAUUUGCGAAGCAUACGUGGGUACUGUUUCGGGCAUGCGUGCCGGAAACAGGAUGGAGGCUCUGCAGCCUUACGUCGAGGGCAUGUAUGCGUUUAUUGGUCUCGUAGCACACGCACAGACGCAAAGUCAGGCAUCAGAACCGUUGAUCCGCGGUGCGCUCGGAUUGCUUGGUGACAUUGCCAGCGCCUACCCGAAUGGAGAGCUCAAGGCAUUGCUCAGCAGUUCGUGGAUCGCCGAGUUUGUCAAGGCGGGUCGUGGACGUGGAAAUGGAUCCGAGACGAGAAAGACCGCCGCAUGGGCUCGCGAGAUGGUCAAGAAGGCCACCAAAUAA